CACCACCUCAUCAAUCACAUCUCCAGCUGGCCUCCACUGUUGCUCCCCGAGCUUCCUCGAGCCCCCAAACUUUACCAUUCUCAACGCCGCCGACGGCCACCACCACCGUACUGCGGCUGCGCACCGACCAGCGAAAGCAGACAACACCAGGGGAAAGGCAACGACACUCUCGCCCAGUUCGCGUCGUCGACAAUGUCCCCGCGGAUCCCCUGACGCACCUGAGACUGUCCCGCCCCUCCCACGACGACGACGACGCCGCCGCCGCUGCCACUGCCGCCAGCAUGUCGAACCGCUACGGCGCGCCGCCGAUGCGCAAUGGCAACGGCUAUGGCAACAUGGGGCGAACCGAUGACGAUUACGAUCCUUAUGGUGAGGGCUACGCCUCCGACAGAUACGGCCCACGCCCAUCCACCUCAUCGUCGCGCGGCGGCCCCCGUCCAUCCACGUCGUCCUCGCGCGGCCCUCCACCAUCGGUGCGCGCGAUGCCUUCGCGAUCCCACGUCCGCGAGACAAGCGCGGAGAGGCAAAUCACUCAAGUCCUAGAGCACAUACGAUCCGAGUGGCCGUCCUUGUGCGACGGCGAUUGCGUCCCCGUCCAGCUCGCCCUGCAGCUUCUCGACUCGAGCUCCGUCGGUCGCGCCCACGACUAUCGCAAGUUUCAGAAGACGCAUGCGUACCUGCAAGACUCGCUCAAGAACAUCGUGCACGAGCACCACCAAGGCUUCAACAGCUCGAUAGGCACGUUCCACAAGAUCCAGGGCAGCAUUCAAGCGUCGCAGAAGCGCGUCCGCGCGCUCAAGGACUCGCUUGCAUCCGCCAAAACGAGCCUCUGCUCCACUGACCCCGAGCUCAAGAAGCUUUCGGCAACCUCGCAUGGCUACGACGAGCUUUUGCAGACCCUCAAUGAAUUAGACGAUCUUCGCGCCGUUCCUGACCAGCUCGAGGCCCGGAUAUCCGAGAAACGCUUCCUCACCGCGGUCGAGGUCUUGCAGAAUGCACUGCGGAAGCUCCGCCGGCCGGAGCUCGAUGGCAUUGGCGCUCUGAGCGACCUGAGAGGCUAUUUGGCGAACCAGGAGACGGCUUUGAUGGACAUCCUUGUCGAGGAGCUCCACGAGCAUCUAUACCUCAAGUCGCCGUACUGCCAGGAGCGGUGGCAGAGCUUGGCUAAAAGCCAGGGCGCCUUCUCUGACGGCUACAGAGAUGCCAACACCAUCUCGCCCUUUCACACUGUACUGGACUCUAUUGACGUCGAGAAGCCCGUCACGGAGGAUCCGAUGAAGAAUCCAGAGGCGGAUACAUUCUACUACGUCUCCCUGCUUGUCGAGGCACUCAACAAGCUGGGCAGGUUGCAGAACGCCGUCGAGACUCUGAAGCAAAGACUUCCAGUCGAGCUUUUUGGAAUCGUCAACGAGACGAUCAACGAAGUAGACCAGCGACACCCAAGUAGUCUUCGGGGAGGCAACGGCAAAGCCGAAGGGCUACUGCUCUAUGGAACUCGAGAACUGCAGAUGAGAGCCGAUGUCAUCUACGACUUAUUGUGGACUCUUUAUGGCAAAUUCGAGGCCAUUGGCGAAGGCCAUCGAGUCUUCCACGAGUCUAUCAAGGCGCUCAUCCGAAGAGAGGGUGCCGGCAAUAAUAUUGCACUGCUUGGGAGCUUCAAAGAAUUAUGGAAUUUGUACCAGAAUGAGAUCAGGUCUCUUCUGCACAAUUACGUCACUACGGAUGCCGACGUGUACCAGUUCGACUCGCCGACGCCAGGGGGGAACCCCAACGGCAGCAAGGAUGCCAUGCGUGAGCACUUGUUCAAGUUUGCAGAGGCGGACUCCAAGUCAGUGGACAUGGUCACCGAAUAUGAUGCCCUUGAGGGCAUUAUUCACGCGACAGUUCCUGGUUUGACGAGCAACUCGCGCAAGCCGGGCGCCGACUUGAGGAAGAAUCGGGUCACUGCCGAGCCUGGACUCACAAGACGCGAUACCGGCAACUUUGGCACUGCCAAGCAGACCAUUGGCUCCUACAAGUCGCUCGUGGAGCCGAGUGUCUUCAACAUGAGCCUUUUAUUGCCACCAACCCUCAUCUUUCUACAACGACUAAAGACCAUCGUGCCUCCCGGCUCUGACCUUGCCACCAGCACACUGACCACAUUCCUCGACAACUUUCUGGUCAACGUGUUCCAACCACAGUUGGACGAGACGCUCGAUAAGCUUAGCGACACCGUCUUUGGCGAGGCGGACUCAUUCACUCAGGACCCAACAUGGACCCAAUUCGCGGCCAAGCCCGUGUUCAAGGGUGCAACGGCCUUCUUUCAGGUAGUUACGUCGUUCUGCCGGAUGCUGGGAACGAUUCCGCCCGAUCAGGCCCUGAGCUCCCUCAUCGUGAAUCAAAUGUCGCGGUAUUACGAGCGUUGCUUCACUUGGUACAAGUCACUGGUGACGAAGACUCAGGAGCAGGCAGCAGACUCGAGCAACCUCAGAGCGUCAGCUCGGUUCUCGGUGCAGCCGGACGACUUGCAAGAGACGAUGAAGAAGCUGUGGACCGAGGAUGAACUAGAUCGACAGCUCCUGGAGAAGGAGGUUCACCUGCUGAUUGAGCAAACCAACGAGACGAGGCUAGAGAUGAACGACAUUAUCCAGGACCGGGACACCAUCUCGUCCCUAUGCCUGCUCUAUACGAGCAUGAAGUGGCUGGCCGCGAAGAUCUCGGACUUGAGGCAUAUAACAAUGCACGAGACGGACUCAUCGCGACAGGCGUUACCGCGGCAGGCCAACAGGCGGUGGACGCUUCUGAAUGACCCCAACAAGCUGAGCGCGGAUGAAGGACCGGUCCACCUGCCGCUGACUCAGGAAACGGUCCAGAUCUUUGAUAACAUCGUGACCUCGUACGAGGAACUGGCCGGCACUGCCCUGCUGACUUUGCACAUGGAGGUGCGCUGUAGAAUCGCAUACUCGCUACACAAUACCUUGUCGCCGGAUCUGGCGCCGUAUCUCCUGGAUCAAGAGGUCAGGGAACCGGACCCACAGAUCCUGAGCCUCAACCUCGAGCUGGUGAUGUUCGACGAGACGAUUGUACGUUUUCUUCGCGACAAGGAGAUUGCCUUUAUCAGAACUGGACUGGGGCUGCUCAUUAACUGCUACCUGGUCACCAACGCACGCAUGGCCUCGCCCAUGAACGGCAAGGGCUGUGGGCGCAUGCAGCUCAACAUCCUCGUGCUGCAGCAGAACCUCAAGAACAUCGAGGAGGGCGUGGACCUCACAAGGGCGGCCAACUACUACGCGCUGUUUGACAGCGGAUCGGAUGCCGUGAUCGAGAAAGCCAAAGAGGACAAGGAGAAAGGCCAGGACGGAGUUUCGGAGUCCAACAGCUUCAGCUAUGACGAACUCAAGGUGCUGGUGGAGCUGUGCUUUAGCGAACAGAUGGCGAACCCGGAGAGGGGCAUCGCUACCGCGGCGAAGAGGAGGAUGGACGAAAAGCUGCUGGGGCUGAGCGAGCACAUGUGGCAAACGUGAAGGGGAUACGAGGUGGGCGAGGUUAGCCCUGGGAGACUGAGGCGGAGUCGCGGGCCGCAUUGCGCGGACAAGUAUGCCGAGAAAUUCGGUAGACUAUGCUUGCAGUUGUGCAACGUCGAGAGCGGGGAUGUGCGUCGGUUACCCCGUGCGCUGUUCUGUAACAACAUUCAGAUGAAUUUAGUCUGGCGUGAACAUGAGCGACAGAGUACGCCCUGCAGGUCGCCAGCAGAGCAUGUA